UUUGGUGGGGUUCCCACCCUUACUCACAAAAACUGCUAUAUAAUGCGAUUGUCCGGAGCCAUUUCGAUUAUGCUGCCUUCAUUAUAGACCCUUGCAAUAAAGCAGCUCUGGAGAAAAUUGACAAAGUGCAGUACAAGUGCCUUCGCAUAGUUUCAGGUGCGAUGAAAUCCUCCCCUACCAAUGCCCUCCAGGUUGAGUGUGUUGACCCUCCUCUCUCACUUCGGAGACAAUACUUAUGUGAUCGGUUUUUCUUUCGAAUCUGGCAAUCUAACUCCCAUCCUUUGUUGCCCAAACUUGAUAUCCUUAAGCGUCUGUGUAAUGCUCAAGAAACCCAUGGACUUUCCUAUCUACUAAAAACUUAUAUCUUUUCUUCUAACCUCCCCCACCCUACAUCCAAAUUUAGUAUUUACCCUCUGUUUGAUGUUCCUUACGACGCCUUAGUUUUUCAGCCCAAUGUAGUAAUGGAUUUAGGUAUCAGUAAAGACUCUCCUGCCGCUGAAAAAGCUCUAAGUGCGAAACUCAAUUCAGAGUGGCCAGGCUGGCUCCCCAUAUUCACUGACGCAUCCAAACUCUCCGAAAACAGCAACGUGGGUUUGGCCGUAUGGCUGCCCAAGUACAAAGUUGCACUCAGUUUUAAGCGUCCCCCUGAGUCCUCGGUCUUCACGGGCGAGGCAACAGCUAUUCUCGAGGCGCUUCUGUACGCUGAGUCACACAAACUUAACAAAACUAUUAUCCUUUCUGAUUCGGCCAGUUCAUUACAAGCAAUUAUUUCCUUUCCCUUUAAAUCCAAAUCCAAAUUCCCUAUCAUUUUAAAAAUUAGAGAAACCCUAUUCCGUUGCAUGACUCAGGGUAUAGAAGUAGCUAUCGCUUGGAUACCUGGGCACAGUGGUAUUAUUGGUAAUGAGUGUGCAGAUUCCUUUGCUAAGGAUGCCGUUAGCUUGGGCCUGGACACUCAUUACCAAAAUUUUGCCCAUGACCUUGCCUCGCUCGCAGGACCGAGGCUGGAUAGAUCCUGGAAAGUGUCCUGGGACACUUCUAGGAAUUUUAAAGGUUUUAACUGUGUAAAUAGUCUAAAAUAACCGUAACGACUGCUUUCCAAUACUGUGAGCAUUGGUCACGUGACUCUGGCCCAGUUAGCCGUGUUAGUCACACACGGCAAAGAGCCAUUCAACCAAAAUUGAAUUGAAUUUAUUUAACU